AUGGCCGAGACCGAGGAGCCCCAGUUCAACAGUCUGGCUGAGAGAAUUGCCGCUCUCAAGAAGCAGCAGAGUUUCACUGGCGCCCCGAGUCCUGAGCCCUUUCGCAAGCGGCCUCCCCCUCCACCCCCUCCCGGCCGUCCUGCGGCUGAGGCCAGGAGCCAGACGGUGCCAGUCAUUUCAACAACAGCUGAUGCCCCCGUUAAAAGCAAUCCAUUGAUUCCUCCGAGGCCCAAGAGGAUCGUUUCGACUCCUGCUGUAGAGCAAACUAUAGCAGAAUCUCCACAUGAUGAGGCCCAACAUCGUCGUCCUGGGGGCCCACCUCCGCUCCCAAGUCGCACAUCGUCGAUGCAGCCAGCGCCGACCUUGCCACCGCGGCGCGCAUCGACACAACCUCCUGGGUUGAUGGUCAGGCGUGGCUCUGGCUCUUCAGAGCUAUCUCAGCAUUCCACAUUAUCUACACUGUCUGCAGGGCGGCCCCCUUCGUCAAUCACAAGCCAAGGUUCUGAAGGCACGCCUGGGCACAAGCUACCUCCAGCUUAUGAUCCAGCAAGCCUCCCAAAGUUACCGCCAACUCGAAGGGAACGAGAGGAGGCUGCAGCUGCCGCCAAGGCAGUAAAGACCAAGCGGUCUAUACCUUCACUUCGGCCUCCCAAGAGUGCCGAGCCUGCACUGCCGCCACGGCCAAGCCUUCCACCAAGACUCCCUUCGCGCCCAGCCAAGCCACAGGCGAGUGCCGUUCCCGAGCCUCAGGAGACAGCCCAGCCCAAGAAACUGCCUCCUAGGACAACUGCAAACACCAAAACAAACACCAAAACGCCCAUUAUUAUUGGAUUCUCGUCCGGACGGAAGCCGUCACAUGAAGAUGACUCCCAAGAACCCCCGAUACCAACCGUGCGACCUCGUAUACCCAGCCGUCCACGCUCAGAGGAUGAGCCUCCGCCAAUCCCUACCUCAUCGCGCCCCUCAGCGGCCCAGAUCGAGGCAUUCACGGUCCGAGCUGCUACUCCAGUAGCGCCGGUAUAUGGUUGCCUCAUUUGUCGAGAUUGGAGUGGCCCCGAUACAGUGGCAGCGCAAUAUCCUAGGGGUUCGUUGCCGAGAACCGACCCUACUGGGUAUUUGGCAAAGGUGCUCUGUGACCCAUUCCCGUCUUAUACAGACAAGGCGCGAGCCAUAUUCACCUGGUUCCAUCAUAACGUUGACUACGACACGGCCGCAUUUUUCGGCAAUAAUGUCAGACACAUGACUGCCGAGGACACUAUCUUCACUGGAAAAGCCGUCUGCGCAGGGUACGCAGAGACAUACAAGGCGAUCGCAAACAGAGCUGGGCUCGAAUGCGUCGUUGUUACUGGCCAUGGAAAGGGAUUCGGAUACACACCACUCAAGAAGGGUGAGCGUCCUCCGCCGGCCAAGCCAGACGGGCAUGCCUGGAACGCAGUCCGUAUCGAUGGCGGGGACUGGAAGCUUUUGGACGCUUGCUGGGGUGCCGGUCAUGUGUGCGGGCAAAACUACACGGCUAAGUUUUCGCCUGUGCAGUUCGUAAGUUCCAACGAGGAUUUUGGCAGAAGACAUUUCCCAGCCGAGUCACGCUAUCAAUUCCGCUCCGACGGCCAGGUUGUGGGUUGGGACGCGUACUACACCGGCGGCAUCGAUGGGGAACCCCAUACGAUGUGCGGGACAACUGCAGAUGAAGGAAUUGCCGAGUAUAGCGUGGAACCGAAACAGCUUCAUCUCUCUGUUGACAGCGGCGAAAUCGUGCGGUUUCAGUUCUCCAAAGCCUGCGAACACUGGUCAUCCAAGAUGAACGGCGGCAAGGAACGCCUAGUGAUCCUCAGCCUCCCCCGCGGCGAGGGAACCCGCGACGAAAUGGUGCCACUGCAGACUGACGGCUAUUGGUAUUGGAUCGAUGUCAAUGCGAAGGACCUGGGUCCUCGGGGCAAGUCGGUUAGGCUGCUUGUCCUGACAAAAUUCGGCGAUCAUGACCCAAGGGGUGUCACGGGUGAUGAGUUCCGUGCCAAGAUCGGCAGAUACGCAAUGCAGUGGGAGUACCUUGUAACCUGGGAUUUGGUUUGA